AUACAAUCUAAUUUUUUGCAUCCAUAUUUUUUAAUUUUGAAUUUAGUGUUUUAUUUUUCAAUGGCAUUGUAUAAAUUGAUAUGCAUAAAUACUUUAAUAUCCCUUUGUUUGUUUCUUUGUUAGUUGACCGAAAUGGCGAGAGGAGGUUUCAAGCGCAUACAUCGUGGUAGUUCAUCACAAACACCUUCUUCACAACAAGGAGAAGUUGGGGAUUCACAAACGACUAUCUCACAAGAAAGAAUUGCUACCAGACGAAUUUUAUUGAAAGUCGACAGAGAUAGCUUUGAUCCUUCAAGUGCUACGAGAAAAUUGGUUGCAAUAUUCAAAAGAGCAUUCAGUGGUUCAUGGCCUACGUGGAAGAAGAUACCGGAUUAUGUUAGAGACCGUUGGUUUAAUGAAUUUGAGAAGUUGUACUAUUGGCCCGCAGAAGACCACACGACAAUAAGAAGACAUUUUGAACAUAAAGGAAGUAAACUCAAGUCAUGA